CUGACAUGUCCCCAAUUGCCCUGACAGGCUGCAGUGUAACAUCCCAUCCUUUUGGAGGACAGGGAAGGGAAAUGGAUGCCGUGGAGCCAGUGCAGGGGCCGGUGACCUUCGAGCAGGUGGCUGUGUAUUUCACCAAGGAAGAGUGGGCUCUGCUGGACCCUGCUCAGAGAGCCCUCUACAGAGACAUCAUGCAGGAGAAUUAUGAGAAUGUGACCUUGUUGGGUUUUCUAGUCUCCAAACCUGAUAUCAUCUCCCAGCUGGAACGAGGGGAAGAGCCGUGGGCUCCAGAUCUCCAGGGCUCAGAGGAAAGAGAGAUCCUGAGAGGCAGCUGCACAGCAGGUAAUGGGAUGGUGAGUGAGACCAUGGAGCAGAAUCCUCAUCAGGAAGAUGAUGAGCACGUGGAAUCACAUGGGGUGUUAUUGCAAAGAUGCAAGGGGAAUGUGUCCAGGAGCUGUGAGCAGGGAAAAGCCUGUGAGAGUCAGUACAUGCCAGAGAAGUGGCAGGGAAACCAGCCAAGGCAGAAAGUUGGUAAAUCAGUUAAUUAUCGGGGAACUCACAAAGGCCUCAAGGAAACCAUGGCCCAGCAGAAAAUCCUGAUGAAAGAGAGAAAUAACACAUGCAUUGAGUGUGGGAAAAAGCUCAGUAGGCGCUCAAGCCUUAUUAGACAUCUGAGACUCCAUGCAGGACAGAGCUCCUAUGAAUGCUGUGAGUGUGGGAAAAUCUUCACUCAAAGUUCACACUUUAUUAAACAUCAGAGGAGCCACAGAGGGGAGAAACCCUACAAAUGCUGCGAGUGUGGGAAAACCUUCACUCGGAGCUCUGUCUUUAUUAAUCAUCAGAGAAUCCACACAGGAGAGAGGUCCUAUGAAUGCUGUGAGUGUGGGAAAAUCUUCACUCAAAGUUCACACUUUAUUAAACAUCAGAGGAGCCACAGAGGGGAGAAACCCUACAAAUGCUGCGAGUGUGGGAAAACCUUCACUCGGAGCUCUGUCUUUAUUAAUCAUCAGAGAAUCCACACAGGGGAGAAACCUUAUAAAUGCUGUCAGUGUGGGAAAACCUUUGCUCAAAGCUCAAACCUUAUUACACAUCAGAGGAGCCACUCAGAGGAGAAACCCUAUGUAUGCUGUGAGUGCGGGAAAACCUUUGCUUGGAACUCAAACCUUACUAGACAUCAGAGGAUCCACACAGAAGAGAAACUCUGCUGUGAAUGUGGGAAAACCUUCACUAAUAGCUCAACCCUUAUUAAACAUCAGAGAAUCCACACAGGGGAGAAACCCUUUGAAUGCUGUGAGUGCCAGAAAACCUUCACUAAGCCCUCAACCCUUGUUGAACAUCAGAGGAUUCACACAGGGGAGAAACCCUAUGAAUGCCGUGAGUGUGGGAAAACCUUUGCUUGGCGCUCCACCCUUGUUACACAUCAGAGGAUCCACAGAGGGGAGAAACCCUAUGAAUGCUGUGAGUGCAGGAAAACCUUCACUCUGUCUGCAGACCUUAUAAGACAUCAGAGAAUCCACACAGGGGAGAAACCCUAUGAAUGCUGUGAGUGUGGGAAAACCUUCCCUCAGUGCUCAACCCUUACUGAACAUCAGAGGAUCCACACAGGGGAGAAACCCUAUGAAUGCUGUGAGUGUGGGAAAACCUUUGCUUGGAGCUCAAACCUUAUUACACACAGGAGAAUCCACACAGGGGAGAAACCCUAUGAAUGCUGUGAGUGCGGGAAAACCUUCGCUCGGAACUCACACCUUAGUAGACAUCGGAGAAGCCACACUCAAGAGUGACCAUAUGGAUGCUCUCACCAUUUCUUGGAGUGAAUUCCAGGGCUGGAUUUACACCUUACACACUCCUAGGCUCAGCAUCUUCAGUGCCCACCCUGCCUACAGUUGACCUUCAUGUUGCACAUGGUUUUAGAGAGAUAAGGCGCCCCUAGAAUGCUGGUGUGCCUAGGCAUACUCCUACUGUGCCUAAUUGGAAAUCUGGCCCUGGUGAAUCCCACAGUAUUUUUCAUCAAUUUCUUUGUACUGUAUCAUGAAAGUGUGUGUCCCUCCAACAUGAAUGUCCAUCAGCCCCAGGUGUGGGAACCAGGAGUGACCUCUGCCAGGUACGUGGAGGUUAAAUCUACCUGCGCCUUGACUCCACUAGGUUUUCCAUGGAGUUAGCUAGAUUAAGUUAGUGAUCCUGAUGUAAAACCACAGCUAUUUUUUCAGUAAAGAAAAUAGCCCAUGUACAGUGGUCAGGGUUAUGUAGUAAAUUUCCUCACCAUCUGACGCAACCUCCGUCACUUCUCCUAGUCUAACCAAAUUAAGAACAUCAUGUUUAUACUUUUCCUCCCACUGCAAAGCGAUUGUUAGUCACCAGGCUUCCCACUAGGGACAAAUUGUCUCAUUCCCCGUUGUUCUCACAUUGCACUGGUCUGUGCUGAAAAGCAGUUGGGUUUUGUUCCAUUUUUUUCAUUUUAAAUAUAUUUAAAUAUAAUAAAAACGAGCAGGGAUGAGGGGGAAAAGUGUUUUUUCACCCUCUUUGAUACUUGAAGAGGUGGUGAGUUAGAGGGAGUCCGACCUUCCGAAUUAGCCCAGCAAUAUUUCCUUUGUUAGAGCCAUAUAGAAUUUAUCAUCUACAUCUCUGCUACUUAAUGUGUCAUAUGAUUUGGGGUGCUCAACCCUCAGCUUGGGGAUCACACUUUGUUUUCUUUGAUCCCAAAACAGUAAUUUAGGGCUGAGAUGAAUGUGUCACAGACCUGGAAGGGGAAUUUGAAUGGAUCUCAAAUGCAGUGAGAUCAUUUGGAGUUUAAAUUCCAGUUUCCAACUGUCGGCAAAGCCUGUUAGAAUCAUAGAACUGGAAGGGACCUCAAAAGGUCAUCUAGUCCAGACCUCUG